UGCCUUGAUGCCUUCGGCCGUCUCUGCUGAGUCCUGACCUGAGUGUCGUCUCUUCCAUUCUUGGCAACCUUCGCAUUCCCUCUCCGGUCUCUCAAUCUCACACUUGGUCUCUUCCUAAUCUAUCACACUCCCACGUCUCUCAUCGCUUCUGUUGUUGAUUACUUCUCUCAACUUCUUUUUGUUAUUGUCAACAAUUUUGGACUUUACAUAGCACCAACCUGCUGAUUUAGUUGAAAUAUAAUUUUUAAUAAUGACACUAUCUGGAUUGAGUGGUUGCCCCUCAAGAUGUCUCCAGCUUCCUUCUCGCUUGGGGUCACCGCAUCUCCAAAUUGCAGCUUUUUCUGGGUUUGGGAAGCCCAAGCAAGACCUGCACUUUCUCCAAGUAGAACAGAUCAAUUUGGUGGCUUCUAGACUUAAACGUGCUGCCCGGAAAAUGCAAGUGGUCAAGAGUGCCAUGGAUGCUUCUUAUGGUGAUAUGACAAAUGAAUCUCCUGCUGUCUUUCCAAGAAUAAAUGUGAGGGACCCAUACAAGCGACUUGGAAUUAGCAGGGAAGCUUCUGAAGAUGAAAUUCAAGGAGCAAGGAACUUCUUAAUUCAAAAAUAUGCAGGACACAAGCCAAGUGUGGAUGCAAUUGAAUCAGCCCAUGACAAAAUUAUCAUGCAAAAGUUCUAUGAGCGGAGGAACCCGAAAAUUGACUUGAAGAAGAAAAUGAGGGAAGUGAAUCAAUCUCGGGUUGUUCAAUCUGUGAGAAGCAGAUUUCAGACUCCAUCUACAAAGUUCAUCGUAAAAACAUCUGUCACAUUCUUGUUGCUCGGAGCUCUUACUGUUCUUUUUCCAACUGAGGAAGGGCCAACUCUUCAGGUGUUAAUAUCUCUGAUAGCUACAAUGUAUUUUAUAUACGAUCGGCUGAAGAGCAGGAUUCGAACCUUACUCUAUGGGGCUGGCUCAUUUGUUUUUUCCUGGCUAUUAGGAACUUUCUUGAUGGUGUCAGUAAUUCCUCCUAUUCCUAUAAUUAAGGGACCAAGAACUUUUGAGGUGAUGUCAUCAUUGAUAACAUAUGUUUUGUUAUGGGUUUCAUCCACCUAUCUUAAGUAGUGCUGCCUUGUUGAUUAUAAUGGAAUUUGAUGUGUAGGAAGUGGAGUUUUUGUAUUGUUGUGUUUGGUGUAAUAGAAUCAGGCUUCCAAAGGAAUUCCUAUCCCAUUAAAUUGGCCGUAACCUGGUUCCUUCAAAAAGCUUCCACGAAAAUGAACAGGGCAUGAGAGUUUCUAA